AUGAAACGAUCCUCUUCUAUUGGCUUUACUAACUACUACGUUACGCAGCAUCUCCAUAAAAUAGAAAUAAACCCUCAACAGAAGGCUAAUAAAUGUCAUAAAUUGAAUAUAGCAAAGAGGAAAAGAGAAGAGUAUGGCCAAAAAGAUAAACAAAUAAAUGUGAUCAUUGCACCACGGGCUGAUAGUUUACAAGUUUCCGAUUACAUGGUGCUGCCGAAGAUCGCCAAGACUUCUUGA